AUGGCAGAUGGUUCUCCGGUGAAGACUUCCGUGACAACCAAAGUGUGGUGGACUGACAUGAGCUUCGACAAGGCGACAAGCUCGGUGCAGCGAUCUUUGCAAAAGUUGGGCACGCGGGUCGCCGACCUUGUUCUCAUCCACUGGCCCGGGAGGUGGCUCUCGGGAGACACUGCAGGCAAUCGCGAUGCCCGGGAGGCGACAUGGGAGGCGCUAUGCGAUUUGAAACAGGCAGGCAGCAUUCGCGAGAUUGGCGUGUCGAACUUUACCGUGCGGCAUCUGAAGGAAUUGGAGGGCUACUCGAUGCAGAUGCCUGCAGUAAACCAGGUGGAGCUGCACCCCUACCUGCAGCAGAAGGAGCUGCUUGAGUAUUGCCAGCAGAAGGGCAUCCGAGUGCAGGCUUACUCGCCGCUGGCAUCGGGGCGGCUGCAACUCUUGAGCGACCCACUGCUCAACGAGGUGGCGGCCGCGAAUGGCAUCUCUCCCGCGCAGACUGUCCUAAAGUGGAUGCUGCAACGUGGGAUCACACCCAUCGUCAAAACAACGUCGACAGCGCGGAUGCAACAAAAUCUCCGUGCUGAGACUCUUCCGGACUUGCAGCAAAGUGAUGUCGAUGCCAUCACUGGGCUGGACCGACAGGAGUCCUGCGACCUUUCUGGAGGGCUCGUGAGCCCAGACCGGAUCGCUUAG